AAGUUAAAUAUAUAGUGAAUAAGUAAUACGCCUGAGGUAAAAUAAUAUACAGAUUAAAGCGAAGUGUGAUGACAGUUUAGGCGUUACUACGUGAUCGAAUUUUGGGAAUAAUAAUUGUAUUUAAGCAAUGAGGUAACGACGAAUUGACGAAAUGUUUCAAAGUCCAGGGUGUCUUUUAUACCUCCUGGCCGUCUGCGCGAUGCUGCAAUUCGGCCAUGGUGAUCAGUGCUUAACGAGGCGUAUAUUCAAAGAAGUAACGCCGAAGCGGAUCGUUCAAUCGGAAGGAAAAUCAUUGGACAUCAGAUUCGAAUUAUCGAGACGAGUAACGCAGCGUUUGACGUCCAGAAUAAUGAAAAUAUUCCUGACCGAGGUGCUCGGUUACUCGGCCGUUUCGCUAGUUGAAAAAGACGAUCAUUUUAACGCAGCGGAGGUUUUUGGUAGACUGUCGGAAGCCCAACACCCUGAAAGCAUAAUACCGGAAACAAUGGUGAACAUGGAAGUGUGGCUUCCAGUGCAAACGGACACAGCAGUUUACAUGGAGUACUACCACGUAAAGGAGUGCGGUUUUGCGGCACCACCAGGCUACUUCGGAUGGUUCGUGCCGCGAAAAUUGUGGAAAUCGAACCGGAUGUCAAGCAGCUGGGAGAUGUUCGCUGAUAGCGAAAGAGCGUCAAAUUUUCAACCAGAGAACGAGAUCAUCGACGAAAUAAAAAAGGCAACGCUGAUACCGGGCUCCAAUUACCAGCAUUACUGCACCCAGAAGGAUAAAUGUCAGGAAGGAUUUUACGUGCCGGAUCGAUGCGCGAAAAAGAAAAGUAGUUCUUCAACGAACACGUUACUCGGUGAUGACGAGGAACGAGGUGUAACGGAUAGUUGCGCCCUCCUGCUGACGAGCGAUCCCGACGUGACGAGUUUCGUCAAGGAUGACAUAGAGCGUCUGAAAUUGUACGUCAAGGUCGCCUGGGUAGGUCCGCAUUUAAAGAACCUUACCGAAUGGAUCACAGAUCGAUACGCGGGCUCAAAAUCCAACAGAUCGUUGGUCAUACUUCACUGGAAUCCCAGCGACCUUGUACCGAGUGAUCGGGACUUCGUAUCCGUUGAUUUUCCAAGAUGUGACUUGAACGACGAGAAGUGUCCCUACGGUUCGAAUAGAUUGACGAAGCUGGUCUGGGCCGAGCUUGAAAAGAUAGCGAAAAUCGCUUACCAGACGAUAAAGAACGCGUAUUUCAACAGUAGCAUGUAUCAGGAUCUGAUCGCCAGUUACAACAACGACACGUCCGAGGAAAAGGUCGCCUGCGAUUGGCUCAACAGAAAUCUUGAGUGGACGUUGAAGAACUGGGGAACCGAGGAUAAGAACAAGACCGUCCUUACCAUAGGAGGUAUCUUUCCGAUGACCGGCUCAUCGUACAAGGCUAGAUCGAUCCUGGUAGCGGCAAACAUGGCAACGGAAUCCGUCAACUCCAACAACACCAUCCUCAAGGACUACAGCGUCGACCUCCUGGCUCACGACGGACAGUGCAAGUCGGACAUGGUGAUGAAGUCGUUCAUUGACUACAUCAUUUAUCGGUACCAGACGCUGAUCGGGAUCCUGGGUCCAGCGUGCUCGGAAACCCUCGAACCGUUGAUCGGUGUCUCGAAGCAGUACAACACCAUGAUAGUCAGCUACAGCGCGGAGGGUUCGAGCUUCGAUGACAGGACGAGCUAUCCUUACUUCUUUCGCACCAUUGGCGAGAACAAGCAGUACAAACACGUCUACCUUCAGCUGUUGGAGAAGAUGGGAUGGCGCAGGGUGGCCGCCCUGACUGAGGACGGUCAGAAGUACACCGAGUACAUAUCACACAUGCAGGACUUUCUCCAGGAGAACGGAAUCACGUUUGUCGACAAUGCUAAGUACCCGAGGGAUAGGGAGAUCGACGUUAUGCGGAGGUAUUUGGAUAACCUGAAGAAGAAACGAGCGAGAAUUAUUAUAGCCGACGUUUACGACGAAGUCGCGAGGCAAGUCAUGUGCCAGGCUUACAAGCUGGAAAUGACUGCCUAUCACGGUUACGUCUGGUUCCUUCCGUUGUGGUUACUACCUGGUUGGUACGAGACGGAGCGUUACAACGCCGAGGGUGAAACUGUGCCGUGUUCUAACGCAGAAAUGGCGAAAGCUGUGAACGGCUACCUGGGAAUAACGCACUCCUUUUGGGCCCCGGACGACGAGAUUAUGCAGGAAAACAUAACGGUGAAAGAAUGGCGUCAACGUUACGAAGCCAAGUGCGAGAAGCAGAAUCUUCUGCCGUCCGAUUACGCCGGUUACGCUUACGACGCGACCUGGACCUACGCCUACGCGAUGGACCAGCUGCUGGCAGAAAACGAGAGCUACGUGUUCGCUCUUCACCACGAACAAACGGCGAAGAGACUCAAGGACAUAAUAAGCCGCACAGACUUCUACGGAGUGUCAGGAAGGAUAAAGUUCCUUGGAGGAGCCUCGCGGAUAUCCGUCGUUGAAAUCGUUCAGCACGUCAAUAACGAGACGAAGAAAAUCGGCCUGUUUCAUCCCAACGUAUCGGACACUCACAACGAAGUUAUGGGCGGUCAUUUGGACCUCAAUAUGUCCGCGAUAGUAUGGCUAACUGGGGAAAAACCUGACGAUGGAACUUUGAAGCCAGACAAAUGCGUGUUUUCCAGUAUCGCCGAACUUCUCGAUGUAACCUGCGAAGUUGCCAUCAUCAUCGUAAAUAUCAUCGGUUUUAGUUGUCUUGGCAUCCUACUCAUCGCCGGGUUCGUCGUGAUAAAGAGAAAAUACGAUGAGAAAGUUCGUCUGCACGAGAGGUACAUGAAAUCGCUUGGAAUCGACUUGCUGCAAACGGACACAUCGGGUCUAGAUAAAUGGGAAAUACCGCGUGAAUGUGUCGUGAUAAAUCGCAAGCUUGGUGAGGGAGCUUUCGGCACCGUUUACGGAGGCGAAGCUUUCUUCGCGGAAAAAGGAUGGCUCGCCGUGGCGGUAAAGACGUUGAAAGUUGGAAGUUCGACCGAAGAGAAAUUGGACUUUUUGAGCGAGGUCGAAGUGAUGAAGCGUUUCGAGCACAAGAACAUCAUCAAACUUCUCGGCGUCUGUAUUAAGUGCGAACCGGUUUACACGGUUAUGGAAUUCAUGCUGUACGGGGAUUUGAAAACCUAUCUCUUAGCCAGGCGUCACCUCGUCAACGAUCGCAAUUACGAAGAAUCCGAUGAAAUAUCUAGCAAAAAAUUAACCGCUAUGGCUCUCGAUGUGGCAAGAGCUCUCAGCUAUUUGGCACAGCUGAAAUACGUUCACAGAGACAUAGCAUCGCGUAACUGUCUGGUGAAUGCUCAACGUGUUGUAAAAUUGGGUGACUUUGGUAUGACUAGACCAAUGUACGAGAACGACUACUAUAAAUUCAACAGAAAAGGAAUGCUACCGGUGAGAUGGAUGGCCCCCGAAUCCCUGGGUCUGGGAAUAUUCACACCAGCAUCCGACGUGUGGUCCUACGGUGUUCUACUCUACGAAAUAAUAACCUUCGGAAGUUUUCCUUUCCAAGGUUUGAGCAACAACGAGGUACUGGAGCACGUCAAGACGGGACACACGAUAACCAUUCCAUCUGGAAUAAAGGCUCCCCUGGAAAACCUUAUACGUUCCUGCUGGAAAAUCGACCACAAGUUGCGACCAAACGCGCCGGAAAUCGUCGACGUCCUCGCCACAAAUCCGCGGCUGUUAUCGCCGUGCCUUGACGUCCCCUUGGCGAGUGUGCAGCUCGAGCACACGGGUCAAGUCGACAUUCAGCUGCCGGAAAAGUUCCGUAAAUUUUCUGUAUCGAUGAGGAGAUCGUCGCAGAGCGCGGCUUCACCGUCGUCGAGAACACUGACGACUUCCGUCGUGAGUUCCAAAACGCCGCUGAUGAUGGGAAUCGAAGAUGACAGAAGGACCAUCGGAAGUGGUCGAGAAUUGAAUCGCGACAGUUUCAUAAGCGCGAGACCAUCAGGCUUUGGUAACUUGACAGAAACGACGGGGGAGAGUUCAAGGCCUUUGCUGAUGACGGAUAACGGCGGACUUCCGGUUGUCGAGAACUCCGAUUCCGAUCAGAAAUCCAAAUACCUCGAAUUGCAGCGUUUCGUAAGCGGCGGAAAUUCCGCGGACGGUGGUGAUAAAAUUUCGGCGAGAUACGUGAACAUGCGACCGGGAAUGGACGCGGAAAUUGCCGGAAUAUGCGAGAAAAACGUUGAUCAUGGCAACGUUUUUUCGACGACGACGACGACGAAGACUCCCGAAGCUCGUGCCAACGGCGACGUUACCGAGGGGCAUGACCCCCUGAUUCAACGCGCACCUUUCCUUUGACGUCACAACCCUGUUUUGUCACAUUGCGUGCAGGAUUACGAACCUACGAUUAAACCAGUGUCACGCCUUCUUCUAGCCCAAUUUAUCAAUUUUUGUGUGCGAUGUACGCAGGGUUAUGAAAUGUGCAAACGUGUAUACAUAUACAGUACAAGAUGCGCGUCCGUCACAUCGUUAAUGGCGCCAUUAAGGUGUAUUAUAUUUGACAAAUUAAGGUAGAUUGUUUGCCCGGGCAGAAAUUGAGUCGUUAUACAUAUAACAAGAAUGAUAAAUUAAAAUGCAAGUGACCUAUAAAGCGUGAGAAUAUUUAUAGGCGUCAAUCGACAUUCGAGAAAUACUUUUCUUUCUCAACGAUCUUUGUCGAAAAUCGAU